GGGUGGAGAAUUUUGGGCUGAAAAGAAUCAUAGACAUUUGGGUUCUGAUGCAGCCAGAAAACAACCGCUCUCGAGGCAUCAAGGACAGCUUCAUCCGUAGGUUCACCCAGCAGAGUCUGGGGGGCUACUUUGGGCUGAAGAGUUACGCUAAAAAAACAGAGGACCGUGAGUUGGAGGGCAAACUCUCCAUGGUGGAGAAAUACAACAGCUCAAUCCCUGAGCUGGUGGAACGCCUCUACAGCUGCACAACUCUCCAUGGUGGAGAAAUACAACAGCUCAAUCCCUGAGCUGGUGGAACGCCUCUACGGCUGCACAGAGAGAGAGGCCCAACACGCAGAUUUUAUCCUGGGGACAGUACAUAAGUCAAAGGGUCUGGAGUUUGACACGGUGGUUAUCACUGAUGACUUUGCUAAGGUGCCCUGUGCCGCCCACAACUUACCCAGACUUUCCAGCUGCUCAGGAGGUGACAUCCCAGACGAUGAGUGGAACCUGCUGUAUGUGGCGGUGACUCGGGCCAAGAGCUCUCUGGUCAUCACCAAGAACAUCACCAACAUCCUCACACUGGCUGGGGUGAGAGCACUGAUCACUGGAGGCUGGUGAGUGGAGGAUGGCUCAUAAUAAUGGCUGGAAAGGAGUGAAUGGAAUGGUAUUAAACAUAUGGUAACCAUGUUUGAUUCCAUUCAGGCCAUUGUUAUGAGUCGUCCUCCCCUCAGCAACCUCCUCUGGCAAGUGAAUGUGUUCCAAUUGAAUUUGUGUUCUGUGAAAGCCUCCUCCCAUAGCCUGGUGGUCUAGUCUGUGUUGUUAGCCAACCCUCUGUGUGUAUGGCUUGACAGUGAUUGGAGAGUAGGAAGCACUACAGUAUGGGACCAAGGCUCAAAAAGCUUCUCAGAGCAGGAGUGCUGAUCUUGGGCCAGAUCCACCUGUCCAUAUAAUUAUUUUCCUUGUGAUCUAAAAGGCAAAACUGAUCCUAGAUCAGCACUCCUGCUCUGAGACUCUUUGUGAAUACGGGACCAGGCUAACUCCUCCCAUGGUUAACACUUUAACUUCCUGUUGUUCCCCAGGAGUACUUCCUGAGGACAGAGUUGACCAGCGCCCUGCUGACCGAGGGCCAGCCACCCUGCUGCUCCGUGCGGGAGUGUCAUAACCACAUCAUGCCCGACUGGCCCCUCGCCAUGUGCAAGCUGCCACUC